UGCCCAACCACUUUCGUGACUGUGAUGAGUCACAGUGAUCGUGAUCGGCAAACCGCGAUUGACAGCAGACCCUCUUCCUGCGAGCCCCGUUCAGCAUCCCCUGGUUUGUAAUCAGUUCCGCCUGCUUUCAUCGCUCUUUUUCCUUUUUCUAUACGCCCUUGGAUGACGUCGGCCGAUAACAUCAACCUCGAUGUCCUCGAGCUGAUCUUCGCGUACCUCUCUGGCAACGACCUCGUAUCCGUUGCGCUCGUCAGCCACUCGUUCUUCUCCGGCGUCAUCCCGCAGCUGUACUCGACACUCCUCUUCCGGCUAGCGCAUGCGAAGCGGUACCCGCGUGUGAUGUCCCCAUUUGCAGCGAUUGUCGAGCAUCCUGAGUUUGCGGUCCAUGUGCGGCAUGUUGACAUCCGAACGGUUCCUGUGGUGAAGUCGCAGUACAACGCGCGCUUCCUAUCGGAAUGCACGCACGCGCUCGACCUCUGCCCCAACAUCACCUCGUUUCGGUGCAGCAUCCAGGCAGUGACCGCACCCUUCCUGACGCCGCUCAUCGAAAAGGAGCGCCUGCACGACUUGCGCAUCAACGCGAAUCUCACGACCGAGCAGAGCGCCAAGAUCGUGCAGCUGCGCCGCGUGCGGCAUCUCACGCUCGACUUCGCGUCCUGGAAUCUUGUGAACAUGCUGCCGCUGUGGGUGGGGAGGCUGCAGGGAUGGCUUCUGCAUCUGACGCUGUUCAUGGUGGCCGAACUGGACGAGGUCAUGCUCAAGACGGUGCUCGAGAACCUACCGGAUCUCUUGGGACUCCAUGUCAUUGGGUGCGGGAAGACGGACCAUGCUGGGGUUCUAGCGGGAGUUGCGCACACACCGCAUCUGGAGGCGCUGUCCUUCACGACUGGGGAUAGCAAUAAGGUCUUGCCAAAUCCCCCUUCUUCCCUAACGCGUCUCCGCCAUCUCGCCAUCGACACUCGUCUCAGUGCAGUCCACCCGCCCAGUACGGCACUUAUCGGCUCCAUCCUCUCGCACAUCACGCAAUCAAAUCCUCCACUCGAGUCCUUCCUGCUGAAAUACCCGGACCGCCAGAUGGCAAUCCCUGCAGCCUUCGUGAAUAUCCUCAUCGCGAGUCACGGUCGGACGCUCAAGACAGUCGGGUUCAUCGACUGCAACCUCGCGACGCCCGAUGUGCUCGCCUCACUUUGUCGAGCAUGUCUGGUUCUCGAGCGCUUGGAGAUCAGCAUCCCCGUGCGAGAUCUGGGCAUCUUCUCUCAAGCGCUCAGCCAGUCGCAAACCCUCCGCACGCUUAUCGAUAUCGAGCAGCACAGUCACAGUCCGCGGCCGACGCUCAGUCAGGAUGGGGUGCGGGGCAUGAUGCAGCAGACUCCGACCCUGCAGCGGGUUGUCACUGAAGGAAGGACGAGGAUAUGGACGCUACACGCUCUCAUGCCACCAGCGCCGACAGUCGCCCUCUCGCCUGAUCUCAGACACCUCAGUGAUGAUAGCUGCAGUCGAGGACCCAGCGUAACACGCUGCUGCGCCAACUGCGCCACUAUUGGACCUUGCAAGGCAUGGCGCAAGUCGGUUCUGCAUAUCGGGAAGAUUCUGUGCAACAAGUGCGGGCUGUACGAGCGCAAGCACAAAUCCCCACGGCCGGUGGAUCUGGAGCAUCACAAAGGGCAUCGAUCCCGCGCCAACGAGCUGGGCGCCAUGACCGCCGAUGAAGUCCCCAUACAACACAAUCUUGAAGAGUCUCGUGGCCCCGAGUUCUCAUUGCCGUCGCAACCUCCCCCAGAUAUCCUCGCGCGGGAGUAUUACAUCCAUGCACCCCAGUACGAGCCGUACUACUCGCAACUGAACGCUCCGCCCGCAUGUACGUGGGCUCCGCCCCAGCCGUGCUAUGCGUCUCCUCAACCAGCGGGUACCGCUCCUGACGGACCGGUGGAUGUCCCUCCUGAAAGCGAUUCUAGGAAUCGUCCGGGAGUGCAGGACGAGCCGAGAUGAGUUGGACGGCAUGUUCUCCUGCGGCUUUCUGUACCAGUCUG